AUGGGUUUCGCCAGGCAUCAUCCCUGUAAUGUCCACAAUUUUAAACUCAAUCACUCGGAUGUCGAACACUUUGUCACACUUCAGGGAGGCCGAAUCUAUCCCUACCUGGCGUGGGCGUUGUUCUGGUCACUCUAUCACCUGUCGUGGAUAAUCGUUGAGAUUUACUGGGCUGCAACAGACAAUUUAAACGACGCUCUCUUUUUUAUAUACCUAACUAACCUCGGCUAUAUUCUGUUGGUCAGUUUCACGUGGCUGGACCUAGCUGCUGUUAUAUACUACAUCCUAAAAACAAAGAAAGGUGCUGACAUGUCCAGUAUGCCCCUAUUGUGGAAGGUCAACUGGGUUCUCUAUAACACGGCAAUGACAACAGCAAUCCUUAUAGUGGUCAUAUACUGGAUUUUGCUCGCCUCGUCGUUCGGGCCCGGGAGCAUCAAUAAACACCUUAUCAAUGGCGUUAUAGCGCUGUUAUAUGUGUCUUUCACUGCCAAGCCUUCUCGUAUCCUGCACUUCUACCAGCCGCUAAUAUUUGCCGCUUUGUAUACUAUUUUCUCUGUUAUAUACUUCGCUGCGGGAGGGGGUAAUAUAUACGAAGUGCUGGACUGGAGUAAAGCAGGUGAAGCCCUCGCCCUCACCUUACCCCUUAUCCUUAUAGCUGUGCCUCUCGUCCACCUGGGCGUAUGUGGUGUCUACUACGCUCGUUUGGAAAUAUGGCGGAAAUGUUUUCUAAAUACAGACGGAAGUCCCACAGGGGGGUCGCAGGUCCGCCCUCGGACGGACAGUGAGAUGGGAAUGGUCAGUACGAGUAGAAAUGGUGACCAGAUAUCUACAAUAUCUAAUGAACUUAAGAAAAACGGCCCUUUGUAG